GAGCGGAUCGCAUUCACUGCAGGCACGGCAAAGAACGAGCAGAGCCAGCGAGCGCGGUGCGGGGUCCACUCGGAGGAAAAAAAAAAUCAGAGCAAGCUGAUUCGAAGUCCCCGCAAGCCUCAUUCCUACACGAGCAAGUCCAAAUAAAAGCCGUCAGCUCCCGGGAGCAGUGUGAUCCGACACCUUGAUUUAUGAAAUCAUGAACGAUGAAAAAGUGAGGCACGAGCAUUCAGCUGUCUGCUAUUAACAUUCAAUUAAUUAUUAAUAGCGUUGCAUUUUCGCCUGCUCUUUGGUGAUAUAUUAUUGGAAAAGAAGGAUCGGGCACGUUUGGCCAGUAUUUUUAUUUUAUUUUUUAUUGAUUUAAUUAAUGAUCUUUUUCUAUUGUGAUGAUCGAUGGAUCGAUUUUCAUGCAAAGAAAAUGAAGAAGUUUCAUGAUUUAAAUCUUUAAACAAGGGCGGCACGUUUUUCUUCUUUGACUUAACCCUAUACAUAUACAUCCAUCUGUCGAUUUUCCAUUUUUUUUUCUUGCACUCUGUUUAGUGCGCGUCCCGUGUAUUUUGCGCAUACAAAAUGAUCUUCUUUUGGUACUUUCUUAACUACACCUAAAUUAAAGGGUCCUAGAGGAAAGACACAGAAUAAAAAUCUUAAAAAAGGACGCUGCCUUUUUUUUCCUUUUUCUUUCUCAUUCAAGUGGAUCAGCAUAAAUGUAAUUUCUCUGCAUUCAAUUCUCCAAAAUGAAGAAGUUCAAUAUUUGGAAGGUAUUAGACGGCUUCUCUGCCUCGUCUCCAGUCAGCUCCGGGGGAGCUCCAGUAUGCCCAGGUGGGACCAUCGUAGCCUCUGCAGGAGGAGUAGCUGCUCGAGAGAUCGAAAUCCAAGAGACCCUCACUUCGGAGCUUUUCCAGAUCUGUAAGACGGUACGCCACGGAUUCCCAUAUCAGCCCACUGCCCUGACAUUUGACCCGGUGCAGAAGCUUCUGGCCAUUGGAACGAGGACCGGAGGAGUGCGGAUAUUGGGCAGACCUGGCGUCGACUGCUACUGCCAGCAUGACAGCGGAGCGAGUGUCCUGCAGCUCCAGUUUCUAAUCAAUGAGGGGGCCCUUGUUACCGCCUGCGCUGACGACACUCUUCACCUUUGGAACCUUCGACAAAAGCGCCCUGCAGUCCUGCAUUCACUCAAAUUCAACAGAGAGCGGAUCACCUUCUGUCAUCUCCCGUUCCAGAGCAAAUGGCUGUAUGUGGGCACAGAAAGGGGAAACACGCACAUCGUGAACAUCGAGUCCUUUGUCCUCUCAGGAUACGUCAUCAUGUGGAAUAAGGCAAUAGAACUAUCAACUAAGACACAUCCUGGCCCCGUAGUGCACUUAAGUGACAGCCCGAGGGACGAGGGGAAGUUGUUAAUCGGCUUUGAAACGGGAACUGUGGUUUUGUGGGACCUCCGAUGCAAGCGGGCUGACUUCAGAACCUACUAUGAUGAGGCCAUUCACUCUAUCAGCUGGCACCACGAAGGAAAGCAGUUCAUGUGCAGCCACUCGGACGGAAGCCUGACGAUGUGGAACUUGAAAAACCCCAGCAGACCGUUCCAGAUCACUGUGCCACACGGAAAAAGCCAGCGAGAUGGAAAGAAACCCGAACCGUGCAAGCCGAUACUUAAGGUGGAGUACAAAACGCCCAAAAACAGUGAGCCCUUUAUCAUCUUCUCCGGAGGCCUGUCGUACGAUAAGGCGAGCAGAAGGCCCAGCCUGACAAUCAUGCAUGGCAAAUCCAUUACGGUGCUGGAAAUGGACCACCCCAUCGUGGAGUUUUUGACGCUCUGUGAGACGCCGUAUCCAAAUGAAUUUCAGGAGCCUUACGCUGUGGUGGUGCUGCUUGAGAAGGACUUCAUUGUUGUGGACCUCACACAAAGCAACUUCCCCAUCUUUGAAAAUCCGUAUCCUAUGGAUAUCCAUGAAUCUCCAGUGACCUGCACAGCCUACUUCGCCGACUGUCCGGAUCUCAUUCCGGCUCUUUACUCGAUCGGCGCCAAGCAUAAAAAGCAAGGCUACAGCAAUAAGGAAUGGCCGGUGAGUGGUGGCACUUGGACGCUUGGAUCCCAGACGUAUUCUGAAAUCAUAAUCACGGGACAUGCCGAUGGAUCGAUAAAAUUUUGGGAUGCGUCUGCCAUCACCCUGCAGAUGCUCUACAAGCUGAAGACCUCCAAAGUCUUUGAAAAGCCCAAAGGCGGAGAGGGGAAGCAGAGCGCCGAGAUUGUCGAUGAAGACCCCUACGCCAUCCAGAUGGUCUGCUGGUGCCCCGAAAGCAGAAUCUUCUGCAUUGCAGGCAUCUCCGCUCACGUCAUCAUUUACAGGUUUAGCAAACACGAAGCCACCAUGGAGACAGCGUCCCUCGAGGUGAGACUCCAGUGUGAAGUAGAAGACAUCAUCACUCCGGAGGCCGAGACGAUCUCUUCAUUUCCUGACUUGACAUCCCAGUCAUCCUCUGUAAAAUGCCAAAGCCUCACAAGCAGCCCCAACACCAUCACCCCAGAGGGCAUAAAGGACAGCAUCCCCUGCCUCAAAGUGAAGGCCCGGCCAGUCCGAAUGCCACCGGGGUACCAGGCUGAACUGGUCAUUCAACUGGUCUGGACUGACGGAGAGCCGCCGCAGCAAGUCACCAGCCUGGCUUUAAACUCGGCUUAUGGCUUGGUGGCCUUCGGAAACUGCAACGGUCUGGCCGUGGUGGAUUUCAUUCAGAAGACGGUGCUCCUCAGCAUGGGCACCAUUGACCUUUAUGGCUCCAGUGACCCCUACCAGCGGCAGCCUCGCUCGCCACGCAGAAGCAAGCAGUUCCCAGCAGACAACAUUUGCAUGCGUGGCCUGUCUAGCUUUUAUUCAGAUUCAAAGAAAAGGAUCCGUACAUCGUACCAGAGCCUGACUGAGCUCUCCGACAGCCCUGUGUCUUUGGAGCUGGACCGCUGCAAAUCCCCCACAUCAGUUCCUCACUCCACUGCCUCUCAUAAUGAAAUUCCGAGUAAUGUGAAAGCCGGUCACUACAGUCCAGUUUUUUACUUGCUGGACAAUGUUAAAGGACCAAGAAAGUUAAGUCUGCCGACAGAUCUUAAGACUGAUCUUGAUCACGUGAACGGCCAUUGCACCAGUCCCACCUCCCAGCCCUGCAGCACCGGAAAGCGCACCCCCAACACGGAGGGAGCCAAGCUGAACCGACGAGGACCCGGGCGGCCACCAUUCCGCAAAGCGCAGUCAGCGGCUUGUAUGGAGAUCUCUUUGCCCGUCUCCCAUCCAGAAGUAGGCUACGCUUCCAGACGGGCAAUGCUUCAGCAAUUACACGGAGUCAGUAUUUACUCGCACGACGAACACCAUGCCGGCAGUUACUCAUGGACGGAGAAAGAAAGCCGAGAAAACUCCUUCAGCCGCUCCCGCAGCUCCAGCGUGUCCAGCAUCGACAAGGAGUCCAAGGAAGCCAUCACGGCCCUCUACUUUAUGGAGUCCUACAGCCGCAAGAACGACGGCACACUGUCACCGUGCCUUUGGGUCGGGACCAGCCUGGGGAUGGUCCUCGUCAUCUCCUUGACCUUGCCGGUGACCGAAGAACAGAGGCCCACCGAGCCCGUCGUGGCGUCGCCCAGCGGUACGGUGCUGACACUUAAAGGAGCAGUGCUGACGUUUUCCUCCUUGGACUACAAUGGCGCGCUGAUUCAUCCCCCUUAUGAAGUGUGGCGGGAUCUUAACAGCUCGGAGGACGAAAAGCUUCGCCGCCGGAAACUCGUCAAUUUCUCACCAUCUUCGUCUCAGGAUACGGGGGAUUAUCAGUUUGCGGUGGUCUGUUCAGAGAAACAAGCCAAAGUUUUUGCCCUGCCUUCCUUCACAUGUCUGUACGUGCACAGCAUCACGGAGGCCUCGUUCGUCCUGAGGGCCGACAUCGUCACGUUUUGCAAUAGCGUCUGCCUGGCUUGCUUCUGCGCAAAUGGACACAUCAUGGCUCUAAGCCUGCCCAGUCUCCGGCCAUUGCUGGAUAUCAACUACUUGCCUUUGACCGACAUGAGGAUCGCACGCACCUUCUGCUUCACGAACGGAGGACAAGCGCUGUACCUGAGCUCUCCAACAGAGAUCCAGCGCAUCACAUACAGCCAGGACAUGUGUGAUAACCUGCAGGAAAUGCUGGGGGAGAUGUUCACACCCGUAGAAACCCCCGAGGCCCAGAACCGAGGAUUUCUCAAAGGACUCUUUGGAGGAAGUGGACAGACGUUUGACAGGGAAGAACUCUUCGGUGAAGCCGCUGCCGGGAAGGCCUCACGGAGUCUCGCUCAGCAUAUUCCAGGCCCAGGAGGGAUAGAAGGCAUGAAGGCGGCUGCCGGUGGGGUGGUGGGUGAUUUGGCCCGAGCUCGAGUUGCACUGGACGAGAGGGGACAGAGACUGGGAGAACUCGAAGAUCGCACAGCCGCUAUGAUGUCGAGUGCAGAGGCCUUCUCUAAGCAUGCCCAUGAGCUAAUGCUGAAGUACAAGGACAAGAAGUGGUACCAGUUCUGAUUUGCCAAAAAGGAAGACUUUUCUCUCACCUUGAGGUUGUCCCGACGGAGAACAGGACCCCCACCCUUGUUCACUUCCUGCUUCGGUGGGGAGGUCGAUUGAUUGCCUGUCCCGCGUUUUUCUCUCCCGCCAGCAAAAAAAAA